GUCGGGGGCUCUGGCUGCCCUCUCGGGAGGUGCUGGGCGGGGACUUUGACUCCAUCCUCACUUUGGUGCUGGUCCUGAUGUCCAGUGGCUGGGCCGCUGGACACUGGCCGCUUCCAAGUUUGACCUGAUGGCCUGGAGUCCUUGUGCAGGUCUCACCACAGGCCACGCCCCUCGGAGACCCCAUGGCACCGAGUCCCCUGCUGUCCCAGAACUCUGGCUCCCAGGUCCUCCUUGGAGCUUCAAGGCUGUGGUACCUCUGCUCGAUGCCCACAGCCUGGUGUGGCCCUGCUAGGCCUCUGCCAUCUCCACGGGGGCGGCAGAGUCUGGCACAGUGCUCGGGGCCUCCACGUCCAGUCUGGGCAGGCUGUGCCAAGAUGCUCGUCCCUGACCCUGGCCUCCUGGAUGCCACCCCUGCUCCGCUCCUCAGCACCGUCCGCUCGGGGUUCUAUCCCUGGCGCCUGCCUGUGAGCUCCAAAGGGGAGGACACCUGCCUGGCUCAGCUCGGAGCAGGUACCGGCGCACACCGCACCCUCCUGGCAGCAGGAAGCUCUGUGUCCCUGAAUACCCGGUGCUACCUGUACCCGACCUGUGUGCCCACGUGGCUGUGCUUACCUUGCUGUCAGAUAUUUUCUUUGCCUCCUUCCCGAGUCCUCGCUGGUGUUCCGAUCUGGCUUGGACGCCCCGGAGGCGCUCCCGGCGAUGCACUUCGGUCCUCCUUCUCCUGCUGUAACGCCGGCACACCGGUGAAUUACAAACUGCAGGAGCUCAUCUGGCCUGCAGAUCUGAGGACCGCCAAGUCCAGGAGCAUCAGGUCCACGGAACAGUGGUGAAACACUGGGCACCUCGGCCAUCGUCGCUGGCGGAAAGGUGUCUGCGGGCCAAGGGACCCUUGCCUGGCCCAGCAAAAGACAUUCCAAAUGCAGAGUCUGUCUCCCGGAGCCAACGGGCCGGGCCCCCACCUGGAUCUGUUUGUACACGUGCUGAAGAGAGCAGCGCUAAGCACGGUGAUUACAGGCAGCUGAUCAAUUAGCCCGUGCUCAGGAACCUGAUCGCAGCAGUCAAUCGGUGAUUGCCAAUCUGCAUAUUUAUCCAGCAGCAUUAAUUAUGCAUCCCGCGGCAUCAGUCCCCAUGACACGCACGGUGCUUGCUGUGGAUCGGGCCGCCUGCCGGGCCUGUCAGGGUCGGGGGCGAGUGCGGGGGACCCACACGGCGGCAGCCAAUGGGCGUGGAGCUGAGCUGAGCUCGACCUCUGCAAUGACCGAGGGACCUGGGCCUGGGUUGGGGUCUUUCUUUAAAUCCCGGUCGCGAAGAGGUGGAUGGCAGACUUUAUCCAAC